CUCGUCCUCCUCCUCCUCCCGCGAGCUGCGCGGGUACAUAAGGAGUCCCGCGAGUGGACAGCCCCUACUUCGGACGCUCGCAGCCGCCGUGUCGCGGUGGGGCUGUGAUCGAGCGCACGCAUGGCACUGCCCGACCCUGCGCGCGGGACGCCCGGCGUCGCGGGCGCGCGGGGCCCCCCGUCCCCGUUCCCCGAGAUCGUGGAGCUGAACGUGGGCGGCCAGGUGUACGUGACGCGGCACGCGACCCUCGUGGCCGUGCCGCACUCGCUCCUGUGGACCAUGUUCAGCCAGAGCGCGCCGCACGAGCUGGCGCGCGACAGCAAGGGCCGCUUCUUCGUGGACCGGGACGGAUUCCUCUUCCGCUACGUGCUGGACUACCUGCGCGACCUGAACCUCGUUCUGCCGGACUACUUCCCGGAGAGGAGCCGCCUGCGGCGCGAGGCGCAGUACUUCCAGCUGCACGACCUGUGCGCGCGCCUCGCGCCGCGCGUGAGCAAGGAGAACUCGAUCGGCGAGGACGCGUGCCCGGGGGAGGGGGACGACGGCGCGCUCCAGAGCGCGGCCGCCGGCUCGAGCGCGCGCUCGCCCUCGCUCGAGUCCCGCAAGUCGGGCUACAUCACGAUCGGAUACCGGGGCUCCUACACCAUCGGCAGAGACAUCCAGACGGACGCCAAGUUCCGCCGCGUGGCGCGCAUCACCGUGUGCGGCAAGACGUCGCUCGCCAAGGAGGUGUUCGGGGACACGAUCAACGAGAGCCGCGACCCGGACCGGCCGCCCGAGCGCUACACGUCGCGCUACUACCUCAAGUUCAACUUCCUGGAGCAGGCGUUCGACAGACUGAACGAGGUGGGCUUCCGCAUGGUGGCGUGCAGCUCCACGGGCACGUGCGCCUACGCCAGCAACGACCCCACGGAGGACAAGGUGUGGACGAGCUACACGGAGUACGUCUUCUGCCGGGACUGACUGAGCGGAGCGGAGCGGAGCGGGGCACCGGUGUACAUGCGUAGCCUAGGUCAUCACCUAUGUGCUGUGCGUGGGGAAUGAAUGAAUGAAUAGGGGUUUAAAAAAAAAAAAAAGAAGAAAAAAGUCAAAAGAAAAGAAACAUAAAUGUUCAUAUUAAACGUCGUAGUGUCUCGAUACUCUUUAUAUGAUUUUAUUUUACUGUUUAUCGUGUCUUUUUUUUUCUUUUCAAUAAAAUUAUCUCUCUAGAUUCCAAGUACAGCCUGAAAUCCACACCAACACGUGGCAGCUGCGCAGCACUUCCAAAUACUACAGUUCUGAGUCUAGACCCCAUCAGGGGUGGAGGCCAAAAAUCACAUAUACCAAUAGGCAAGGACACACGCAUCUAUUACCACACUCCUGUCUCCAGUGGGGUAAAUCAGUCAUAAUUCAUUCUUAGGCAUUGCACCGGAGACGGCGGUUACAUCUUCUGCGUCUGGCAGGCUCUGAUCUGCCUCACUCACCUGCUUGAUAUUUCACCUGAUGGGGACCCAUGAGCUCCUGGUGCAGGACCAGGACCAGGGUUGCUUAGAAAGCCCCCCCCCCCCAUGUAGCAUCCUCCCUUCGACAGUCAUAACAAGACUAACGCAGUGAAACGGUGCACUUCUUACAAUGUUUUUAUUAUAAUAUCCAAUGUAUCUUUCUAAUAUAGACAUAUUUUAUGACUGACCAAAUUAGACACUUUUAUACUUUGUAUAGACCUUUAUAUUUUACUUUUCUCUUAACGAGUAACGUGCUCUUGUUUAGCAAUGUAUCCCUUACUAGAUGUUUGGAACAGGUAAAUAAAGUCAUAUG